AUGCUGUGUGAUCAUGCAGCUCUGCAGCCUCUCAGCAUCCUGACCCUGCGGUGUCCGCCUCGCUCUCUUAGCUCCUCCCUUGGCUUUAUAGUUGCGCUUAAACUGGACCUCCAUCAGAUCACUCCCCGCUCCAUCCUUUUUGUUUCUCAGUCCUGCAACAAGAAGAACAAGAAAGAGAUGCAGUUUACGCGUGUCCCGCUCCCGAGCCUGUCCCUGUGGAUUAUUCUCCUCCUCAGCUCUGGAGUCGACGCCCGGAAGCAGCGCGAUGAAGGUGAUGAUGAGGAGUCCUGGUCAGAGAGCGUGUCUAGGGCCAGGUGUGCGUCCCGGUGCCUCAGUCUACACAGCGUGGAGGCGCUGUCCGUCUCCACACCGCUGCAGGUAAGGGCGCAGAGCGCACCGGAGCAGCGCGCACAAGCGUGCCAAACAAGUUUUUAGCUUUUAGUGUGGGGUUAUAGCGACUUUAAAGUUAUUACAGAGGCUUAAAAAAAGAGUUAGCAAACCAACGACUCUUCUUUUUGUGUGAGUGCAACCAAAUGUCGUCUUUAUAGCGAACCUUUAUGACAGCAGCUGUUCCCCAAGCUGUUAGUUUGAUGGAGAAAUCUUACAGUAGCUGUUAGGAGAACUAAUGCUGACACUCUGUAAAAGACAAUUGAAUAACGCCACAUCAAAUCAAGUGUUUAUUCUUAUAACAGAAUUUUUAAAGCACUAAUGCAAAUACUUUGUGCUAUUAGACAGUUUACAAGUGGUAUAUAUAUCAGUGAUUUUUUCUCUUUACUUGGGUGAAGUUGUGACAUAGGAGCUGAAUAUGUUCAGUUGAGUCAUAAGUGAAGGAAAAAUUUCCAUCAUGGAGUGAAAUCAGGUCUAAUGUAGGAGGCUCCAUUGGUAAAGUUAGGCACAGGAAUGAUAAGAAGAACAACAUAUUCAAUGUUUACAUCUAGCAUUAAUAUUUAUGACAUGAAGAUUGACAGCAUAUGUAGCAUUUAGAUUGAACUUGUCAAAUGUUAGAUGUCUUAAUACCCAACAUUUUUGAUUUUAUAGAUACGUCAACAUUUACAUAUCUUUUAUGACAAAAUAAAUGUUAUACAAUUGCCAAAUAUAUAUUGGUGUGUAAAUUCCUGAUUCGAAUCCAAGGCAAGACGAUACAUUUGUUUUGAUUGUUUAACUGGUCUGGUUUGCGUUCACAAAGGACAAACUCAAUUGCUCCAGAAAACAGAACCAGAAGUCACGUGACCGCAAAUACCGUUCGGUUAUUGGUCAUUAGUUUAUGCGGGAAUACAAACCCCACUCUGCUGUCUUCGCCUGUCAUGAACGGCUCAAUAGCCAGCGAGUGCGAACUGCGGCAUUAAUUAAUUCAUUCCAGAGUAGACGUGCUGCAAACAACAGACAGAUAAAGACGAGACGGCGACAGGCAUUAAUGAGAGCCUACCACCAUUUCCUGUGAUUGGUGUGGAUGACGUUCACACCAGAAAUGAACCGCUCCAGAGUUCCCUUGAUAGUGGUCCGAGACCACUUCAUCAGGCGGACCAGAGUUUGUUUAUUUGGUCCACACCAGAGUUCGGGGUCACCGACCAAAACAAACCGCACCAAGGGGGUAAAUGCUCCAGGGUUCGGUUCAACCGGACUAAAAGAGGGUGGUGUGAAUGCGCCCUAAAUGUCACAUUUCAGUGAAGUAUUUCUUCACACUCAAUUCAGCCAAACCCUCAUGAACUCCUGACCCCUGAGUCAACUCACGAACCUGAAAUAAUCCAAAAAGAACCCCUCAAUGUUCCUUAACUAUGGUGCACAUGAAGAGAAAAUAAACCUUGUGGAAAUUUUUAUUCUGAUGGGAACAUAAGGCUUGUUAUCCUGAUAAUACUCAUGCAUAUUAUACACACAAACAAACACACACACACACACACACACACACACACAAAUGCAGCAGUGAGGCUUCUCUUUGCUGCCGGCUGCAGACUGAAGUGGACAGGAUCUCUGCUCUCCUACUUAGAGCGAUGAAUCUGCACACAGUGACGGCCCACUCUGAAAAAAAAAAAGGAGGAAUCAGACUAAAUCAUGAGAGCUUCUGUUCUCCUGUCUGAUUUUGUUUUAUUCUAUCUGCACUCAAACAUGAACUUUAGUGAGAAACCCUCCACCCUUGGCUCUGCACGUCACAUGGGAUGCAUCACUCUCAGGUCUGGUCUCAUGCAUGGAUGGGAAACGAGUCGAUGAUGGUUUUGCACAGCUCUCAUGUUCGAUGAUUGGCUGCUGAAGUGUGAAACACAGUCACAUUGACCUAAUGCAUGUGGGAUGGGAAUGGUGUGUCCUGUAGCCCUCUUCCUCAACCCCCCUCUGAUUUUUCACUCAGAGUGAACCCAUCUAGAAGCAGUUUUCGUGAACGGGUUUAAUAGUCUUGCAGGCUAUCCUAGCUUUAGUCUCUGUUCCCUCAACCAGUUCCUAAACAAAGGGGCUGGACUGACUAGGAUCUCCUGUGGUUGAAACUAGGACUGGGUGAUAUGGCUUCAAAUCAAUAUGACGAUAUAUCGAGCAGUUCACCUCGACAACGAUAAAUGGAUGAUAACUACUCCACAAGCUGCUCACGCCCUCCCACAUCAGCUUCGUCUACCUCAGCCACUACAACUUUUGAACCGUCCUCCAUCUCCUCACCUGUCUUUCCCUCUUUGUUACAGACUCGAUGGGGUGGAGUCACAUCUCCGACGUAGGUUUAAAAGGGACAUGAGAACAUAGUCUACCUACACACAUCCAAAACCAACUUUAAUUUAUUUUUUUACAGUGAACAUACUGAUAUGGGCAAAAUGAUGUUGGUUAUUGUCCUAAAUUUCGGUAUCUGCAAAUUUUCGGUUCACUGCCCAGACCUAGUUGAUACACUUUCUAUCAUCAAACAUAAAAACCAAACUGUCCCUUGAGAUGCGUUCUGGACCAAUGGUGCACCCGACUUUAUUCGUGCAUCUCUAACCUUGAGUUUGUAACAGAAGUUUCAUGUUUUUUUUUUGUCUCUCAGCACCAUCCUUGUUCAAACGUCAUUAAAAAUCCAGUAACAAGCCCUAAUGUUGCACUGGGCCUCAUGCUUUUAUUACUAUGAACACUCUCACUGCUGUUCAUAUUGGACCCAAUCAAACCUCCUGCAGCCAGGAAUGAUAAUACAGAACCAAACAGACUUAUUUUUCCCCCAGAAGAAUUUUAUGUCUUCAUUCUGUCUGACUGAUGUUUGCUAAAAACUGCAGCGAGCAGCUGUUACAGACAGUGAUUCAGCUCUUUUAUAUAGAUGACUCUAUAUUUGUAAAGCUGAAUGGAGCUGACGGGAAACAUGGUUUCUAAUAAUUUGCACGGAUUUAUAAGACUUUGAAAUGUUAAUCAGACACUUCAACAAAUCCUGGAUAUGUAGAAAAAGGUGUGUCGCCGAGUUCCCUGUUUGCCUCUCCACUCUGAAAUGUACAUGUAUUGUUCGACCGUCUCCUGUGACUCGAGCGGUGAUCCUGGAUGCCUGCUCAUUAUUUUUCUGCAAACAGCCGCGGGCUCGCAGCAGGGAGCCGUGAAGGACGACCAGCUCCGCAGAGUAGAGGAAAAACAGUCAUUUGUCUUUGGACAGAAAAAAGAAGUGUUUCCUCUGAGCUGUGACAGAGCUGUGAGCCAUAAUGAGGACAUUAACACAAGCUCUUCUGCAUUUAAUCCAAUUAGAAACACCUAAUAAUCCAUGCUCAUGUUUUUUUUCUUUUUUUUUCUUGUCUCUCUCUGCAGAAUAACGGAUCCUUGGGCUGGUGUCAACACCACAAACAGUGCGCUAAGGUAUGUAAAACUGCAGUAUCAGUUUAGUCUGAGAGUUUAAAGCAAGCAUGUUUAAUGGAUGUAAUGGAUGCAACCUUGGGUUUGACGUUCAGGAUCAACCUUUGACACCUCAUAAAACUCAUUGAAAUCCUUUUGUGCAAUUUUUUACUAAAGAUUGUGGCCAUUUUUAUAGAGUUAAAUGCAAAAAUUCCAAAAUUUGCCCUACCUCACAAUGGUAAAGAAUCCUUCAAAAAAUUCCUGGAUCCAGAAGGCGAUCCGGAUCACCACCAAAAUGUAAAACAAACAAACAAACAAACAAACCAAUGCUACCGAAAACAUAACCUCCUUGGCGGAGGUACAUGUAUUUGUUUUAGCAGACACCCGGUUACCUGUGGACAUGGCCUAAGCCUAGCAGUUCCCUUAUUGAUCCCUUCCAUUUAGCUCCACAUGCCAGGCAAAACAAAGGUGCAACAUGGUGGGCAGUCAGUGCAAACAAUCAUGACAGCCAGAGGACUGGAGCGGCCUAAAAUGCUGCUAUAUGCAACAUUAAACUGUUGUGCUUUUACAAAACAAGCCCUAAAAGUAGGACCAACUCAAGGUAAAGCUUUAGUGUUUUUUUUUUCAGCCUGCAGCAAUAAAACAGGCUGUAAAAGCUGCAACCUGCUAGUCUGUCUUGGCCCCAGCUUCUCACCCAAAGUUAGGCUGUAUUCCUAACACAGUGACGGCCAUCUUUGGGCUUCACAACGCCUCUUCAGAAAGCAGUGAGUGACGACACUGAGUCGACGCCCAUGUUUUUUCACAGGCUUUGUUUGCAAACUGCGUGUGGAGAAAGUGUGCAUGUACCCAGCUGUCUUUUUAAAUCACACAAGCCAAACCGCAGCUGUAUCACGACAACUGAUCAAAGAUUAUAAAAGUAGUUUUAGCUUCCCCAGCACGCAAACAAUCACCACAAUUCAAACAAAUAAGAUCAUCUGUUCUGUGGACUCAUGAGCCACCAAACAAACAACGCAUCCCAACAAAAAAGCCAACCACAGGCUGACGUAUCUGAGCUGCAGCUCCAAAAAAACAUGACGCGUCUUUGAUCAAGAAGCUGCAGAGAACAUGAGAGAGAUGUGAAAUCAGUUUUAAUACUUCAGAGAGGACCUGUCACCGCCGAGCGACUCUGACAGAGUUUACCACAUCUACAUUUAGAGCUCUGCUGCUGCACAAUGACGGGAACUGAAGAACCCAGAGGACCAAGCUGAGCGCAGACAGAGAGAGUCUUUAGAGCUCACAUCACGCCACUGAGCCUUUUAUUUCACUAUUAAACAGCAAUAAACAGGAGCCUAAUUUCCAAAGCUCUCCAAACUAACAGUCCCUCAGGGCAAACGCUGCUUUAAACACCUAAAAAAGUUGUGGAUUAGAACAUUUCUGCAAUUUUCUAUUAAGUUUUGUUUAUUGAGUACAUUUCCUGCGUAUUUUCCCCAGUUUCUCUGUUCCCUAUUGUUACCUGUAUUCCAGUCUUAUGAGUUUUCAGUCUGUGUUUGACCCUGUUUUCCUCCUGUUCUCUGUGUUUUAUUCUUUAAAUCAGUUUUCAGUGUUUAUUUUUCUGUUUUAUUUUGUAGUAGUUGAUUCCUUGUGUUUCUAGUCUGGUUUUACCUCCCUAUUUUUCCCUCCUUCGUUAAUCACUCAUGAUUUCACCUGUGUCUCCUCUGCCACACCUGUUGCUCGUUAGUGCUUGUUACCCUGUGUGUAUAUAUAGUCCCUGUCUUCCCCUGUUUCUUUGUUGGUUCAUUCUGUCAUGAGCCAGGGCUAAAAAAAAGAAAAGAAAGAGGACCCAAAACGCAGGCAAAAAAUUAUUUAAUAAAUAAAAGACGAAAGGUCCUUUCACACUGGGAUCAUUUUUGUCGUGCGAUUAUUUUGGACGUCAGUAUUUUUUUUCGAACCCAUAUCCUGUCAAUACAAGCAUUCACAUCAGCGAUCUUUCCUGUCCUGCGAUAUUGCAGCAUUUAUUUUUUCAGAUCACGGUCAAUUUUCUAAAGUUUCGCAUACUGUGUGUCCACUUCUGACCAACCAGAUUUCGUGUUGUUGCGACGUCAGAUUCACCGGUAUAUCCAACAUGGCCGACCAGCUGAUUGUUUACGUUUAUUGUUUGAUGAAAGACACAAACAUUACAAAGACAACGACCUGAAGGAUAAUUUGUGGAGAGUCACAGUGUCGGAUUUCUCAUAUGACGAUGUUUUGUGUGCUUUUACAGUUUGCUAAACGUCUAAACAGUCAGUCCGAUGUUGUGUCAGUCUUCUCGCUUCUGCUUCUUCUUCUUCAGACUAGAAACACAAGGAAUCAACUACUACAAAAUAAAACAGGAAAUAAAACUGAAAACUGAUCUAAAGAAUAAAACACUGAGAACAGGAGAGAAACAGGGUCAAACACAAACUGAAAAUGUCUUCCUGGGGGACAAGUCAGGACUGCAUCGGGCUAGUUUCUUUGCAGGACUUUUCUCCUACAGAGCCGUGCUGUUGUAACCCCUGCAGAAUGUGGUUUGCUGAAAUACGAAGGUCUUCCCUGAAAAACUCAUCAUCUGGUUGUUCCUUUAAUUACUUCAUCGAAAUGUAUUGCUGGCCUUCAACUCCAAAAUUAACAUAUUUUUCACAGAACAGUAAGAUCACUGUAUUCAAAGAUAUUUUAAGCAUCUAGGGACUCUGUCUAUUGGGACUGUUAAGAUGAAUCAUACUGUAGAGGAUAAUAAAAGCUUUAAUCUGGAUUUAUGUUACUUCUUAAAGCAUCUGAGCUGAUCACAAAGGAGGACACAAAGAGGGUAGGAAGUCAGCAGUUAGCUGAAGACGUAAAUCUGCGCAUAAUACCAUCAUAAGUGAUGUCUGAACAUGAAUCAGAGAGCAUGUUCGGAUAAAAACACGAAGAGGAUGAGGCAGCAUCUCAUUUCCUUACCUAAUUCAUGCUGUCAUGAAAACAUUCCCUCCCUGUGAUCACUCACUAAAGGCCUGAAUAUCUCAUUUUACCAGCUCUUAAUAAUGCAGCUGGGGAGAUGUCUGACGCGCCAACAUGUCAUCACAAUUAGCCGUCACUGGGAUCGCAUGGUUAACAAAGUGAGAGGCUGCUGAGGCGCGUUAAUAUCUCCAUCACUCUGCGAGGAGACGAUGCUUCUCUUGAGAGCUGUUAAGGACCAAAAAGGGCUCAGAGUCGCAAUUAGGAAGAGGAAUAAAGUAUCCAAGCCUCGUUAUGUGGAAGUUACAAAGAAAACUUUCAUGUUACGGAUGUUUUACCAGAAAGGGGAGUUUGUACGGCAUGUUUUCUUUCCGUUUCCUCUCUGCAUCCGUCAUGAGUGUUGGCGUAUCAGCUGGGAACCUGACAUGAUGUAUAGCACAUCAGAGAAUAAGAGCAGAGUGUGAUGAUGAAUGUUAGAGCUGAGAAAUGGGUAAUAAGUACUACAGUGCACCAACAUGAAUCAAUACAUGUUUACACACACACACACAUGCACAGAGCAGGGAGUGAUUUAUUGCUGCACAGUGAUGCACAUAUAUGUAAAGGUGCACAUGUGCCUGAAAACAUACAUGAAGGUAAGGUGAUGUAUUACUCUUAUCCCACCACGUGAGGGGAAUAUACAUUUCAAACCUUCAGCUUUAUUUCAAGGUCAAAAUGGUGGAUUUUUAAAAUGAUUCCUGAUGGCUUUAUUCGUGUGCUUUCACCUGAAGAAGGUAAACAGGCUGUAAUGUCUGCAACAUAAUCCUCAUUGGAGUAAACUAUGUCCUCUUUAAGUUCUUGUUUUGGUCUUGUAAGGCUCAGAGAAAGGUACAGGUGAGUUUCUUUUAGUUUAAGUUCAAGCAAGACUAUGACUGGGUUGGUUUAGUGGAAAAAAAAUAACAAAUACAACUUAGAGGGAUAUUCCAGUGAAUAAUUUAGAUAGGGUCAAACACACUGUAACACCGAUUAAGACACCCCCUUAAGAGAUGAAUGUUGCCGAUUGCUUGCUUCUCGAGUUAUACCAACUUUCGUAACGACCGCACGUUAGCAAUACACAGCGGUCUACAUCUCCACGUGCAAACCUCAAGCAAAAAGCCACUCUAUAGAAACAAAUAAUGCUCAGAACAGCACCUAACUUCAUCAACAGUACAUACAGGGUCCCAGCCAUAGUACUAGUACCAUAGUACCAAACACACCUUACCAGCUUUCCUCCAGCAGUCGCCUGUUUGUAGGGAGAGCCCUGACGAGUCAAUCACCGAGUGCAGCGGAUCAUUUCCAUGAAGUAAUAAUCAUCAUAAUAAUCAUUUUGCACUGCAGAAGGGGUAGUUCUUCUGCCUUAGCGUCUUAGUCUGAUUGCAUUUCUAUGAAGUAAUGAUCAUAAAUGUUCUUCCUUGAGCUGCGAAACUCCGCUGUACUCAGUGAUUGACUCGUCAGAGCUCCCCCCACAAACAAGCGGCUGCUGGAGGAGAGUGGGUGAGUUGUGUUUAGUCUCUCUGCUAAAGAAAUUAGGCAACGCUAAAAAGAUGUUUAGUGGCUAGUACUUUGGCUGAGACUCUAUAUGUACUGUUGAUGAAGUUAGGUGCUGUUCUGAACAUUAUUUGUGGCUAUAGAGUGGCUUUUUGGUUGCGGUUUGCAUGUGGAGACAUAAACCGCUGUGUAUUGCUAUCAUGCGGUUGUUACUUAAGUUGGUAUAACUAGAGAAGCAAGCGGUCGGCAACAUUCAUCUCUCGAGGGGGUGUCUAACUUGUGUGUUCGACCCUAAUAAUUUAAUGCCGGAAUAUCCCUUUAAUGUUGAGUCUGAUUUGUAGUUUGUGGGCUUUUCACUGUAGUUCUUCUGCCACAAGCACACACAGUUUCACUGUUGAAUUAUUAAUCCACGCCUACAAAGUCGAUAAAUGGCUACACCGCUGGUAUGAAGCCCAAUGCCGAUGAGUGGAGAGCAGAGGUCCUCCAUAUCUGGAAAAUAACCUCACUAAUGUGGAUGAAACGACUCACACUGGGGUUUUAUUGCAUGAGGGAAAUCAACACGUCCUGCUAUAAUGACAGUUUCUCAGCUUUAUUUUGAUGCAGGUUGCAGAAGUUUGACUGAAAUGAAACCACAGCCUCACAGUGAGUGAAUACAUUAAGCAAAUUCAGGUAUAGAUGAAGAUCCAAACUGGCCUCAUUACUGUGGCUUUUGUAACUCCAAUUUGUGCACAUCCAUGUUUUGAACAUCAGAACUACCUUUAAGAGUUGAGGCUUUUAAAGCGGCCAUGCGUGUUCUAUAGUGGUGCCAGUUUCUAGUUAAAGUAUACAGAAGAAAUCAAGUCAAGCUAAUCUCUCUGGGUUUGGUUUGGAGCUCUUCCUGAUGCCCUAUUUUUAAAUUCAAAGAUUCGUUUUUGCAGAUCUUGAUAUUGACACAUCUCCAUCCAGCUCUUAAUCUCAGUCCUGAUGAAAAGCUCGUUGAAGCGGGUUUCUGUGUGACAGCCCAUCUCGCUGGCUCCUGACCACUUGGCCUGGGCUCGUCCUCGUAGACUCGGUGGUAAUGAGUGCUUGUUAAUCCUUCUGUCACUAUCUCCUCCAGGCAGACGGCCAUUUGCGAGUGCCAGAGUUGAUUAGCACCGCACUCCCACACAGUCCGGUUCAAUCAAGCUCUUAAGGAGGAGUUUAAGAUGGCACUACUGUAGCAUCAGAUCCGCCGUCUGCACUGACACCACAGUCUGAACUCACAACCUGGACAGUCGGCAUUGAGCGUGCUGGAAUCAGUCUUUCAGAAGCACUUGGCAGUCAUUAGUGGACUUCAACACCCCCUGCAGCCUUGUUGGGAUGUUUGUCAGGGAGCCAGACAUCCUCCUGCUUCUAUAAAAACUACUUGUGAAAUAAUUUGCUCACAGUCCGCUCCUUGGGAAAAGCCGAGGUCUUGUCUGAGGAUGUUUUUAAAGGUCUGGAACGCUUUCAAAGAGUGUGCGAGCUGUUGAAACAGGAAGCUGGAGACAAACACGGGGCCUGUUUGCUCUCGGAGGGGCUCGUCUGGGCAGCGAAUCAAACAGCGUCGAGUACCGAAUGAUGAAGAGCAUUUUGCACGGUCAGCAGAGAAGUCGUUCGCUCCAUUAUCUCUGCUUGGUCAUGGAGGAGCGCUGCUGCCAAACACACACUAAGAAACACACACAGACUGAGUAAACACGAGGCUGCGACCUGCGGAGAACAGCUCGGGUGCCAAACCAUUUCCAAUUUGGUGCUAAAAUCUGCAGCCAAGACAAAAGUCUCUGCAGAGACUGAGGUGCUCUCUCAAAUCUCUUCCUACCACUUCUCAAAGUUCUCCCCGCUCAGCUGUAUUUGUGGCGUUCGGGGGUGAAAUGCUCGAUUUAAGCUUGAAAUGGAGCGGAAAACUAACCAGCGCUGAGGUGAUGCUGGGAAUGGCGAGGGAGGGAGCGUCGGUCUGGAUUAGUGGACGAGCUCUCCCAGAGAGGCCGGGGGAAGGAUGAUGGGAGAUGGCAGGCUUGGCAGAGCUAUCAGACAUGCUCCAAGGAGUCUUCAUCACAGAGGAGGAAGAGCCGCAUGGACUCUGUAAGCACUGUGGACUCUGGGAGUGUGGGCACCUUGUUUUACUGGAAACCAGUUCUAUCCCGCCUCUGGGUCAGUGUGGAUGCUCCAAAAGCUCCUGGAGUGAACAUUAAAUCAAAGUGGUCUAAUCAGACAACUUUUACAGGAAUAUUAUCUGGCAAACAUCAGAAUAUGAGGAGCUGCAUGUGAAAAUCAAAAGCUUCAGCUGCACCAGUUUUACUUUAAGCAUGUGGCUAAUUAGGGGUUUGGAGAAAAAAUAGAUUCAUAUAAGUAUCGCAAUUUUUUCGUCUUACAAAUUUCAAGUCAAGUAUUUUGUUCAAAAAUGGAUUUUUUUUUUAAAUUUAAGAAUAAAAGUCCUUACACACCGAGGCCGGUGCGUAUAUAGAAUACAAAAUUACGAAAUAAUCGGAGGCGAUUUUUGAUGCGCCUGACUAUACACAUCAAGCCCGAUGUGAUUUUGCGACUUUCCGGGGGGGGGGGGGGAAACGUGUCCCGGGUGGAAGCGAGAAGACUGAAACGACAGCAGACUGACUGUUUUUCAGUUCUGAGUAGACACUAAUGUUGAGAUGAAGUUGUAGAAGAAUCGAAUCGGGAGAAAGCAUAUUAGCCUUAUGGCUAAUAUAAGCUUUAAGACAGUUCUGCUGUCAUCAAGAGUCCCUGCAUUUGUUUGACAACCACAACUUUUACUCACAUUAUUCUCCAUAAGGUGGCCCAAAUACCACCACAGUGCUCAGCACAGUUAUAACUGCAAAAUCUGUGAAUAAGACAAAAAAAAAGCCAAUAUUCCGUCACUGAAAAUCGCUCUUUAUUCUUCCAAUUAUGUCUUAAACCUGUAUGUUGUGCUCCAGUCCAGAACUGCAUCCUCUGGGGUUUUUAGACUGCUGAAGCUGAGCUGAUUUGACACAGUCUGGUCUAUGGAGAAUUACUUGUUUGCAUCAUUAGCUGUUGCGCUUAUGUCACCAAGUUUCUCUCCUGAUGCAGAAACCUUAUUGGCCCAAAAAGAGAAGGAUGCAUUCAUCGAAUGUGAUUGAAUGUUUUUUUUGUCUCGCACACAAUCAGGCUGAGAUGAUAGCUGGCCUCUUCGAACUAGCUUUUUACACCCUGGGAUGCGAUACGUUGGACAUUUCCUCCUCCACAAAGUGAUAAAUAGGAAGAUCCAAACUCCUGGGAAAGGUUUCCUCAGAUUGAACAUUACCUCUGUAACUUUCACACUGCUCAUUGUCCUUGUGAACCUGCUGUAUAUCCCUCCCCUCCCCACUGUUUCCCACUACAGCAUGAAAUUACAAUCAGUGUGCAGCGGCUCCCCUGAGUCUCAGCUGCUUACUGGUGCAGGAUUCAGCUUUAUGGCGCAGAGGACAACAACUCCAAACCAGCGUGUGCUUACAUAAACGUGUUUUAGGUUUAUCUACUCUCUCUUAUUGAUUAUUGACUGAGUGCACUGUUAAAUGUUUUCACAGUUUCAGUAUGAUUGAUUGAAUGUGGUGUUUUUAUGUCCACAGUGCCUGGAACCCUGCAAAGAUUCAUGGGAGAUGAAGAGGAAGAGCAACUGUAGAGAGCUUUGUGAGGUACGCUGUCACACGUUGUUCUCUGACAGAAAAUAUGCAUGAAGACCAAAGACUUCAAUAAUGCACUCUAACCCUAGUCUAAGGGUCAUCUUUCAAUGAUCUAAAACAAACAGUUCAAAGUUCAAGGUGCAAAGUGAAUCAGGGCGUCUGACUGCUUUUUUUGGUAGUUUAGCGGCACAGAAAUUGAGGUACAGGACACAGAAAGGCAUGAUGUUGGAGAGGGUGCAUUGUGGAGAGCUUGAUGACGGUUUUGGUCUGGAUGGUUUGGCUCUUGCAGCAUUGAGACGAAGCUGGUGGGUGAGGAGACCGUGAUAAGGGUGACCUAGCAGUCUGAAAUCAGCACCACGCUGCAACAUGAAAACCAGCGUCUGCACUCCCUUUGUCCACUAAAUAUCAGAGAUUUUUAUUGAAGUCCAAAAAGACAUUGCAGCUGUGUGCAAAACUUGUCAUGCAAAAGUUUGUGCUAAUAUCGCAUCAAUAUCGGUAUCAGACAAUACUGAAGGCUACAAUAUCGGUAUCGUAUCAGGGGUAAAAAAGUUGUACUGGAACACCCCUAUUUAGGAAACACAACAGGUUUGUCCAUUAAAAAGUUUGCUUGCACAUAUUGUGAAUCGCUCUAACACUUUCUUGCAGAGUUACUAAUAUCUGUCAAACUUGUUCCAAGCUCACAUUAAAUACCUCCAAACUCGGGCACUUAAAUUUGCAUGGACUGCUUUAUUUUGGCAGCCUUUUAAAAGCACAUUUCCAUAUUUUAGCAGCAUUUAUCAAACUUUCUAACACAAAAGGGGGCAGUAAUCAACUUUCUGUGGACGCCAAAGAGCUGAAACAAGCCUGUCCACUCUCUGACUGGUGUGAGCGGCUUUGCAGUGAGCAUGCUGGUUCCAGAUUCCGUAUUUUCUCUGUAAGAAACAGAAACCUGGUGCACAUCUAACGCAUGAAAUUUUGUGUAAUGAUCGCUGGAAAAACAGCUUUGAAAGAAAGAGGUUGCCUAAAGUUUGGCUUCUUUAUUUCAGUCCUGCUUUUAGAGUCUGGAUAUGACAGAUAUUUGAAUUCAGUAACUGUUUUUGUGCUUUUCUGAACUUGACAAGAUACAAAAAACAAUAACAACCUAGGAUCAGCAUCAGGCAUGACUACAAACAAAUAUCAGAUUUAUUCUUUUGUUUAGUCGAGUAGUUUUGAGAGCUAAUACAUCUAAGAAUAAAUCCUUAGAAAGCCUUUUUAUCCUCAGUUGAAUUCCAAAUGUUGCGAAACUUAGAUUUAUGUACUGAUGCUGUAUUUCAUUUGCUUUAAAACCAAGAAGGAUAAGCUGGAUUUGACUUUUAGAUAUUUAAAGUGUUAAAUUUAUUCAUUCAGAUAACUUUAAAAUAAUCAUGAUUCAUCUUCAACUGUGCUGAAUCAGUAGCAAUAACUACACUCGUCUCUUUACUGUAUGCUUGUUAUUUUUCUAUUUCUAUUUCUACCCUUUGAGGCAACAACACCAAACUGCAAGUAUGCCAAACGUAUCCUUUGAGUGUUUUAGUAAAAAUCUGCAAAGAAAAGCAGUCAACAGUGAGAGUAACAACCACUGAAAGUACACUUUCCCUCUGCAGCGAGUCUUUCCCAAGAAGCACUGGGAGUGUGUGACCAGCUGUGAGUUCCUGCAGUCAGUGUUGGCGGUGAAGCAGGGCAGCUGUCCCCCUCCGGAGAAAGCCAGCGGCUUCGCUGCAGCCUGCGUGGAGAGCUGCGACCACGACCGAGACUGCUCCACUCUAAAGAAAUGCUGCUCCAACGGCUGCGGACACACCUGCCAGACCCCCAAAGACCUCUACAAAGGUGAGGAGAGAACGACCAGGGUGUAGGUUUUCAGCAGUUCCUCACAGUCCCAUUCUACAGCCCUAUUCAACCCUUGGACAGUUGUCUUUAGUGACAUGAUGAAAGCUAAUACUAUAAUUAGCUUUCUUACAAGCAUUGCAAUCUGUUAAACCAGUAGUUCUCAAGUCCAGUCCUCGAGGCCCACUGUCCUGCAUGUUUUGGAUGUUUCCCUGCUCCAACACACCUGAUUCAAAUGAUCAGCUCGUUAGUAAGCCAUUACAGAGCUUGAUAACGAGCUGAUCAUUUGAAUCAGAUGUGUGUGGCCUACAUAGUGAGGCUCCAUUGUUGGAGCUUGGAUUGGUUACGUGACGAAAUCUCAUUGUUUCUGAACCUGCCAUUUGGGUCUGCCAGAGAUUCACAGCGAUUUGGAUGAAGAAAUAUUUUUUUUCUAAAUUUACUAAUACUAAUUUUCUCAUGAUAUGUCCUGUCGCAUCAGAAAAAUGCCAUAUGAACAUACAGACAACAAGAAAAACACAUUUUUCAUCAAAAUCUGAUGAAAACAGGAUGAUCAUGUGUGCCAACCGAGCUGUAACUGACAACAUCAAAUCAUAUUUUUUUAUUUAUUUAUUGAAAUAGUUUGUUGUUCCGUAAAGGUCAAAAAAUGGUUGAAAUAUCACUCAGAUGAUAUUCAGAGUCUUGGGUUUUCCACAUCACAAAGAUAUUCAGUUAACAGUCAAAGAGACUGAGAAAAAACAUGUGCAUUAUAAAUGAACAGAAAACAGUUGUAUUAAAAAUGUAAUAAGAGGGAAAAAAAAUCAAAAUUUUUAUCUUCAAAAUGAUGAAAAACAUGAAUCGUAACAAGCUGACACUUGAAAAGCCCUUGAUUGAAAUUUUCUAAUUGCAGAAAAAGGACAGACAGUGAGAUAUUAAAGGUGUCGUGCUUUUUCACCGUCUCAUAACAGCCUGCGUGUCUGAAUAUGUAAAGAAACUCAAACUUUUCAGCCCCUCUGAAUAAUUCCCUUUUUGGCCCCCAUCUCCAGAUUUGGUUCCUCUCUGCAGUUUGAUGCCGAGAAAAGAAACAAGGCUGCUCUGAAGCAGCCGUAUCAUUUUAUUUUUAACAUUUUCUUUCAUUAAAGGUGUUUUUGUCAUAAAUUAUUACCUGCAUGACUCACUGUGACACACUUGUACUGUCAUAAACUUCCUGUCAGCCUGAAUCAGGCGUCGUCUGGCCUCCCCUGGGCCUCCUAUCUGAUGCAUGACGUAACUCCAGGUGGAAAAUCCGUCGCUAACAGACAGCCAGUGUGAGUCAGGUGGAGUUUGUCCUACUUAGGCCUCCGUGGUUGUGAGGUGGAUCAAAGCGAGCCGAGGAGAACAGAUCCUGAGAGCCUGCAGCAGGAUGUUCAGUUCAGACCUCACUGAUAAAAACACUCCAGAUGGGAGAAGAAACUCAUUGUAGCUUUUCACAUAAAGGUGCAGAGAAAAGCUUUAAAUCUCUGCAGAGGGGGAGACGCUGAGUGACCUGACUGACAAGUUUAUGUCCUCUCUGAGGGGACACAGCCCUAACAGCAGAGAGAGGAAUACCACCAGAGUAAGAUGAGUGUAAGAGUUAGUGACCCUAAAAGUUCAGGCGAAACAAAACAGAUACAGAUGCAAAGUUAGAGCAGAAAGAAGAUGGAGCAGUGCAGCUGCAGAUGACACAAGAAAGUACUGCAACAAAAACAAGAGGCAGGAAAGCAAGUAUCACAAGUUUAUAUUGAAAUAAAAAUCCAAAUACUGCAACCCAACGCAGCCAAGCAUCCUCAUGUUGUUCUGCAGUUUUAGUUCAGGUCUUUGAAUGGAUCAUAUUCAGUUUUUGUUUCUUGCAGACUGAAGCCCAAACUGACCUGAUAAAUUACAGGAUUGGUUUUGAAGUCAUGACAAAUUUCAGUUGCGUAUCCUUUGCCAUUGAGCGUUCAGGGUCAUGGCUGCCAAUCAGGGUCUGAUUAACUGCUGUUGUUGGAUGAACAUUUGGCAUGACAGAGACUUCUGUCGGCCAACUACAAGAUACAAGAUUCAAGAUUCAAUACUUUAUGACUCUUCUGACAUGGGAAAUUGUUCCAGUGAGCUCUAUGUAGAGGAACAAACACAUGAAAAUAAAAGUAUCCUUCUCUCUCCUUCUCUCUCUCUCAGGCGCUCCUCUGAAGCCCAGGAAAGAGCUGGGUUUUGCUGAACUCCCCUCCGGUCAGCUGGAGGUGCGAUGGUCAUCCCGCUUCAACAUUUCUGCCGAGCCCGUCGUCUACGUCCUGCAGAGGAGAUGGAACUUCGGCAUCCAGCCCAGCGAGGACAGUGCCACCUCCUGGCAGGUGGUGGCACAGGUAAGCUUGCUGCAAAUGGUGCAUUUGGUGCAUGUGGGAAAAUUCAUGAACUUGUUGGGUAAACGGGAUCUAACCCUAAAUCUAACCGUAAAGGUCCUUUCACACUGGGGCCGUUUUUGUCAUGCGAUUAUUUUGGACGUCAAUAUUUUUUUUCGAACCCGUAUCCUGUCAAUACAAGCGUUCACAUCAGCAACGUUUUCCCAUUCUGCGAUAUUGCGGCAUUUAUUUUUUCAGAUCAUGGUUGAUUUUUCUAAAGUUUCGCAUACUGUGUGAUCACUUCUGACCAUUCAGAUUGCGUGUUGUUGCGAUGUCUGCUUCACCAGUAUAUCCAACAUGGCCGACUGGCUAAUUAUUUACGUGUCUGAGAACAGAGUGCUUUUUGAUAAAAGACACAAAUAUUACAAAGAUAACGACCUGAAGGACAACUUGCGGAGAGUCAUAGUGUCGGAUCUCUCAUAUGAUAGUUUGUGUGCUUUAACAGUUUGCUAAACGUCUUUGUUUUAACUUUCAUCUGUGCUAAUGUAUGCUAACAGUUGUUACCAUAGUUCCAUGUGCUUAUCUUAUUGCCUCUGAUUGGCUAUAAGUGCUGACUGUUUGGCUUGAGCAUGUGAUGACGUUUCCAGCUUUUCUAGCCAAUCAGAGGCGAAGGAGGUGGGACUUUCCCCAGCAAAAGUCUUCCCCGGGAUGCGUCUUUUUCCCCCGGAAAGUCGCAAAAUUGCAGCGGGCUUGAUGUGUAUAGUCAGGCGUGUCAAAAUUCGUCUCCAGAUAUUUCGGACUUUCGCGUUCUAUAUUCGUGUCGGCCCCGGUGUGUAAGGACCAGAACCCUGAAUAACUGACUUUUGUAGACAUAGUUUUUGCCAAACAGACACAAAACAAAUUAUUUCCUCACAAAAUUUCACUGAUACAGUCUUUCUUUGAGUUUGUACUUGAAUUACAAAGGGAAGGCUGCUCUGACUUUAGUUAAAACCCUGAGUUGUCUAAAAAACACUGGAGCCUUCUGGGAAAUGAUUUUAAUUAUAUAUUUUUUUUGCAUUUUGAAAAGCUUGCAAACUCACAAAGGUACGGUGGCCCCUGAGGGUCAGCUGCACAAACAUUUCAUGUCUGUAAAAAGAUUUUAUUAAGCAUGAAAGUAUUUCAGUCAGGACCUCUUCAGUCAAAGACAUUAUUAUUUACAUGAAAUAGGUCAUACAUAAUGAUACGUUUCCCUGUAUGUGGAACGCCAAAGCCUGAAGCGGGAAGAGCAAACCUUCACUCCCUCUUAUAUACAUUUAUGAAACACCUAGGGGCAGAAUCAAACGUCCCAGUAACAGUCCAUAUAACACUGGUGAAAUCAGACAGUGGAAAAAAGGAGAGUCUGAGGUGAAGGCAGGGAGAGCAGCAGCAAAGAGCAUGCUAGCUAACUUAGUUUAAAUAGAACAAAAAUUUUGAUAUUUGACAAGAAGUUUAAGUUUCAUUUUUUCUUUUUUCUGAUUAAAUAAUUUUUGUAUUUAGUGAACAGUUUUUUGCCAUGAAAUGUUUGCGCAUUUAACCUUCAGGGCCACCGUACAAAGACUUACACAUAUGUUAAUAUUCACUGGGUUGAAAAUCUCAGAUCUUAUCUGCAAGAAGAACAAGAAAUGAUAAACCUCCUGCUAUAAAAGCUUUUUUUCAGAGCAUAUUUAAACCGUUGCUGGGCUUUAAAUGCCUUGCACCUCAAAUCAUUUGCAUUUAAACACCUUUUCUCAUCCUGACCUUUCAGACGACAGAGCAGGGAGCUCGGCUCUCUGACAUCCGGCCUGGCCGCUGGUACCAGUUCAGAGUGGCUGCUGUGAACACACACGGGACCAGAGGUUUCACCACGCCAAGCAGACACAUCCACUCCCGCAGAGGUCAGACACACACAGAAUCUUUGUCCUUAAUUAAAAGGAGAGAAUUAAUCAUUAGUAUUAUCAUUAUGUUUGACCAUAAAAGUGUGUCGGUUGUUUUGUCCCCACAGUAAUACCACCUGGUGUUUGUUAUUUUUGUUAUUCUCGGAUACCUUUUAAUAUCAGAGACUAUCAGACUGCUAGAUACAUCUGGUAGAGAAGAAUAUGUCUAACCUGAGUCUCCAGGUUAGACAUUUUUAGUGGAAAUGUGCAGAUUUCAUUAGUUCAACAAUGAAUCCUUUUAAGUAUUUGAUAUGAUAGGUUAAAAAAAAAUAGAGGUUGUGAUUAACUGUGACCCCCCUCCAUCAGACCCCUCCAACCCCCCUGCCCCCUCUGAGCUGAGGGUUGCAAACAUGAGCUUCGGUCCCGGUCGGGCGGUGUCAGCUCGGCUGCUGUGGAGCGUGCCCUCUGACCUGGACGUCCCUGUCCAUCACUACAAAGUGAGCUGGAGCUGGACGGCAGCGGGACAGCAGUCUGCUUCAUCGCUGACCAAGAGGAGGAAGACAGUCAGAGAGGUAAGGACAGACACAGAAAGUGUCUGAUCUGUUCUGUACCCCGGUGUCUUUGCUGCUGCUUCCACAAGCCAUUUUUUGCCAAGAUUUAGGAGAUACGAUACAAUCACUCUGACUGUCUGGAAAGUAAAAACAAAACAAAAAUGUCUGGAAAGUACAGAAAAACUCGUGCCAGUUUCAGGAUUUGGUGUGACCCUGAUGUAAUUCUCCUUGAUGCGUGUCUUAGACACAUAGUGGUGUGUGCAGACUUUCUGAUCUGACGAGGGAUUUUGAGCGAGUCGGAUGUACAUUUUGUGAAUUUAAGGUGGCGUGUCAUGCUAAGUGUUCGCUUCACUGGCUGCCUCCAUGAACCCUUACAAAAAAGCCGCAAGAGAACAAAAAUGCUCAAAGUUAGGAGCAAAGAUUUCAGCUUUUACUUCUUUGAAUGACCAAAAAAUGUCGAGCUGGAUGGUGAAAACAAAAUGCUUGACUCUGUUUUUGUGUUUUCAUGUUUGCAGAGCCAGGUGGAGCUGGACAGCAUGCGGGCUAACAGGAGCUACAGCGUGGAGGUCCAGGCUGUUUCUUACUGGGGUCAAACUCAGCUCAAAGGCCCCCGAGCCAUCCUGCACUUCAGCACACAGCGAGGUACAGAUGCAAACGUUUCUGUAAAAGCAGAAUAAAUAAAUGUCUCCUCUUGGUUUUGUCUGAUCUCCAGGUGUUACACAGUUUGCUUUCACAGGACUGAAAAGACUCUUUCUCCUGCUGGGAUGUAAAUCUUUGAUCAUCAAUGUCUCAAAAGCUUCUUUCCUCCCAGUCACAACCUGAAGAUUUUGAACUCACAAACUUAUCAGUACAGCAGAGCAGAAAAUCCUUUUUACUUUCACCCGAAAUGUCAAGGGGUUUAUUUCAAAGUGACAAGCUGAUAUAUAUAUAUAUAUAUAUAUAUAUAUAUAUAUAUAGAGAGAGAGAGAGAGAGAGAGAAUAAAGACGGAAAUUUACAGAAAAGAAGGAUUUGAGUGAAUACAACUUAAUAUGACAUUGAUGAAAGUGAUUCUUUGGUGCCCGAAGUUCACGCAGGUAUAAACUGGAAUGAUAAACAGAUGUUUUUGUCCGUGCCUACUCCUGAUUCACAAGUUUGAUUAGAAGCUCAGUGGAACCCACGUACCUCUUUAGCAUCAGGUUAGCAGGUUAAAUUCUCUGUGAACAGUUAGCCAUGAAUUAUUUAACAAUACAAGAGUUUUCAAGACCAAACCGGAGCUAACAAGUGGUCAGUUCUUCAAAGCUGCUGCAGCUUGAAGAAGUUUUGGUUCAGGUAAAUUCUUUAGGUUCAAAUACGUGCAAACAUUCAGAUUUAAAGCUGUUGUGAGAAUCUCUUAGUUUGUAUUCGUUCUAUUCUAUUCCUGCUUCCUCUGCAAACCCCCUAACUUCUCCUUCCUCUUCACCGAUGCUGCGUCUGUGGCAGUCUUAGCUGCUGCUCUACCGACCUUGGCUUUUUAGGGAGGUGUAUUCUCCCUGCCUCAGGCUUUGGCGUCUUAUAUAUAGACUUUUUAGGGUACACCACCACCAAAUAUGAAGCUACACAUGAGAAUAUGUGCUUACAUGGUUUUGACCAAGUCUGGUAUAGGGCUUUCAAAAUUGCUCCAGAAUGACGUUUGAAUAUUCGUCCUAAAAAGUAACACAUAGGUUUGAACAUAUUCGAAUAUUCAAAUAUAUACUCGUAUUUAGAAUAUUCGUUGACAGCCCUGGUUUGGUAUGAGUUAUAGACCCAAGAAGGCUGAAGCUGUGUAAAAACUGUCUUAGACCUCAACUACGAGUUCACCUGAAUAAAAAUUAUUCUCAGGAUCUUGAGAGAGUUUCUCAGUCUUGUCCUGUGUUAAGGGUUGUUGGGUAUGUUCACUGUACUGUAGCAUUAGCCGGUGUCCAUCUUUGUAGUUCAAGUUAUAUUUGUCUGUUUUUCAGCUUUUAGCUCCGUCCCAAGGAACCCAACAGGAGACAUCCUAGACGUGGGGACCCCGUUCUAUCAGGACGGACAGCUCAGAGUGCACGUUUACUGGCAGAGCAGCACAGGUAUAAACUCUUUCUAGUGAACAGUUCAAGUUUGAAGGAUUAAUCACUGCUAACCUCCCAAAACCCUUUUCUUAGACCAUCAGGAAGUUCUGUUAAGUAGUGUUUGUUCAUUGUUACAGAAAAGUCAUGCAAUCACUUGUUUUGUGCAGAUCCUUCAGUGGAGUAUUACAGAGUCGAGUGGGGUCCAGAGCACUGUGCACACAACCAGACCAGACCCACAGAGAAGACCAAUGUUCGGGUAAGAAACACUUUCACUUUGAUUUUGUCAUUUUAAAGAUUCAGCGAAAGAGGACAUCUACUUCAGGUCUUCUGAUGGUUUUCUCUUUCUGAUCCAGGAGAGCUUUGUGAGUCUGCAGGGUCUCCUCUUCUCCUGUAAGUACAAAGUCCUCCUCCAGCCGCUCAGUCAGAAGACUCGUCCUCCUGCCGAGAGCACCGUCUUCUUUACCCCGUCUUGUGCCACCAUCCAGGCCAAGAGCCCCAAACCAAUCACCUGUUUCACAGAGAAAGGUGAGUGGAGAGCAACCUUUAAUGAAAUAGAUAAUCCCCCAGAGUUUUGUUGACCCAUACUCCCUCCUUGGUUUUCUCCUCUAGCUCCAACUCAUAAGGUCCUGGUGAAGCCCAUUAACCUGACAGCAGCCUUCGAGGUCCGAGGCGGGAACAUGACAGCCAUCUUUAGCUGGGAUCUGUCCCCGCCCCCUUACUACCAGCAGCUGACUGGUUACCAGGUGACGUGGGCGGAGGUCAUCCAGACGAACCGACCUAACAGCAACAAGCUGCCGCACAGCCUCAUCUCUCAGUCUCAGAUCCUUCCACCGGUCAGUCAGAGAUCUUCUUUAAUCCUCUACUUCUCAAGUCGUGGUUCUUGUGGUUCUCAAGUCCAGUCCUCGAGGCCUACUGUUCUGCAUGUUUUGGGUGUUUCCCUGCUCCAACACACCUGAUUCAAAUGAUUAGCUUGUUAGUAAGCCAUUACAGAGCUUGAUAAUGAGCUGAUCAUUUGAAUCAGGUGUGCUGGAGCAGGGAAACAUCCAAAACAUGCAGGACAGUGGGCCUCGAAGACUGGACUUGAGAACCACUGCUCUUCUUUAUUCUUUUUCGACUUUUAUUUCUUAGAGUUUGACCAUCACUUCUCCUUCUUUUACUCCGUCUCUGUCCUCAAAAAGUCUUUCCCUAAUAUGUUUCCACUUCUUCUACCUCUUUAGGUUUAAUCCGACUUUUUCUCGUCUCUCUGUUUCGUUGAGUCAUCCUCUCAUCGAUUCGCUCUGAGCAGGGAUGAGCUAAAGACAUGAAACUUUGCCCUCUGUCUGGAAAAGCUGUGCAAAUGUUUGAGCAGGAAUAUGACCUCAAUCAGCCUUAUUUUGAGGUUAUUAUAUAUCUGUAAUUUUUUACUUUGAGCGGACACACCCUCACUGUGAGUCAGACGAGGUUUUCGAACACACAUCCAGCUGAACUCAGUCGAACAAAAACCUCUUUUCCUCUGAAGUUGUUGGAUGGUGGAGGAUAUUUUGUUGAAAGACAGAAAAACCCAUGUUUGAAUUAUACUGAAAAGGAUGAAAAUAUGUUUUUUUGACUUUCUGUUUCUAAAUGAACUGAACUUUAAACACUCUGGCUUUGUAGAAAAAAUAGAAAAAUAAGAAGAUUAACUCCACAAAAUGGACAAAGAAAUGACAAAUCUGACAUGAAACAGCUGGGUUAAGUCAAGUACAUAUUUGAUAUGAUAAUGAGAAUUAUUUUACAAGCAAAGGGAAGCGCUAAGAACAGUCAAACUUUUUCUUUUUAAUUUUCCAAUUCUUGAUUGAAUCCUCAGUUUCUGUUUGUUUGUUUGUUUGUUAAGCUGGUUGGUCGGUUGGUUUCAGCCUCUCCCUUUUUCAAUUUCUUGCCUUUUUAGCAGUCAGAUUUGUUCCCCUGCAGAUGAAUCUCCGGGUUCACUGAGCUGACAAACAUUUCCAAAACCUUCAGAUUGCAGCUUCCCUCCAAUUUCACACACCUUGAGCAGGUUUGAAACUUUGUCUCCUGCCUCUUCUCUUUCUGUCUCUAAGAUUCUUUAUUCUUUCUUUUCUUUUUCAGGAGGCGAACGUCCUGGUGGUGACAGACCUCCACCCUGACAGCCUGUACAGACUGGAGGUGCAGGCUAUCACAGCGGAGGGAGAAGGUCCGGCAGCAUCCAGAACCUUCCAGACUCCUGGAAACCAAAGCACCCUGAGACACAGUAAGACAUGAGACAGAUUAGAGAUGAAAACACAACUAUUCCAGAAGAGUUGAGACGCUGUGUGAAAUGUUCAUUAAAACAUCUUUCCCGCCCUUCAGGACCGAGGCUGAGGAAGCUCCACCAAAACAUGCCAAUCAUCGAGAGGCACUGAACCCAGACAGCCAAUCAGCAUGCAUGAACCAAGACUCCCAUACUCCCAAACUCAGGACUACCGGAAAAUCGCCAAACAACGAGCCUCUACAUGAAUUCUCUCUGUGUGCAAUACCUGACUGGACUGAGCUGUUAUUGAUGAAGCUCCUCUGACCCCCACACCAUCAUUACUCUGCGUGAGCAAACAGGCCAGAGUUAACACAUAAAUCAAUCCCUGAACAACCACGGUCUCAUUGAUUUGUACUAACAGUACAGUUAGUAUGACAUUCAGAUUAAAUGGAUUAACUCCACACAAGAUCAAACAUGUUCUGCUGCUGUUUCCUCUUUAAAAAAAAGGAUACAUUUAUGCAACCUGCACCCAGUAAUGAAGUUUUUCCUCCCUUUGACUCCCAGCUGAGAGAUAAAUCUCAGCUCUUGUGUGUGAUAUGUGGGUGUGCAUCAUAAUAGCAUGUAAAAAAAACAACCCUGUAACCUUUAGGGCUGGGUACAAAUUUUUAAGAGGUGCAAAUAUAAAAAAAUAAAGAUACAAUUUAGCAUUUUUACCCAAUCUGCAUUUAGCAGAAACCUCCUCAAUGCUGUUAGGACGAUAAAUAACCAUAAUACUUCCAAAAACACCACUGUGCUCUCCGCCUAAAUUACUGUCUGAAUAUUCUUGAAACAACAUAAAAUAUUUCACGGUUAAAGGUAGGGUUGGUAAUCAGGGCAAACUAGCAUGAAUUUGAAUGUAGCAUCAUACACCAGUGCUGCUGUCUGGUGAUUCAAAACCACAGACUCAAAACUUUGGGACUUAAGAUUGGGAAGUUUUUGCACAGAAGGGAUGAAGAAGGUAAUGCUAGCAUGGGGAUGACCACGUAACUAGCAUCAUGGCUAAAUACUUGAUCAAGAUUAAAAAUCGCCCUGAAGCAAACCCUCAGCGUACCUUUCCAACAGAAAAUGAGCGACCAUGGCAUCACUUUUAAAGCCCUUGACCUCUUUCAAGGUCCUUACACACCGGAGCCGACGCGCAUAUAGAACACAAAAUAACGAAAUAUUCGGAGGAGAAUUUUGACGGGCUUGACUAUACACAUCAAGCCCGAUGCGAUUUUGCGACUUUCCGGGGGGGAAAAAAGACGCGGCCUGGGUGGAAGCGAGAAGACUGACAAAAUAGCAGACUGACUGUUUUUCAGUUCCGAUUAGACACUAGUGUUGAGAUGACUGUCUGUCAUGAUAGCAUGUACUGAGUCGGGGCCAGUACCAGAUAAGCACAUUAAACUAUAAUCCAUAAAUGUAAGGUAACAACUGAGACCUGAUGGUGCUGUGACAGCAACGUGAUUGAGUUUGAGACAGUGAAAAUACAUAUGGUAUGUUGUAUCUGAACAGGUUAGCUUACGAGCUAAAGUUACUUAGCACAGAUAAAAGUUAAAACAAAGAUGUUUAGCAAACUGUUAAAGCACACAAACUAUCGUCAUAUGAGAGAUCCAACGCUAUGACUCUCCACAAGUUGUCCUUUAGGUCGUUAUCUUUGUAAUGUUUGUGUCUUUUAUCAAAAAGCACUCUGUUCUCCGACAAGUAAACAAUCAGCCGGUCGGCCAUGUUGGAUAUACCGGUGAAUUUGACGUCGCAACAACACGAAAUCUGAUUGGUCAGAAGUGGACACACAGUAUGCGAAACUUUAGAAAAAUCGACCAUGAUCCGAAAAAAUAAAUGCCACAAUAUCGCAGGACAGGAAAACGUCGCUGAUGUGAACGUUUGUAUUGACAGGAUACGGGUUCGAAAAAAAAUACUGACGUCUGAAAUAAUCACAGGUAAAAACGGUCCCUGUGUGAAAGGACCUUCAGUUCUCUACAUCGCUUAAAAGCUGUCCGGAUGUUGACUUUCAUUUUCGCCCUUGCCUUCUCCAAACUCUGUCCCAGCUAUGUGCAUUGAAUCAGGGCCAGUGAUUCGAUGCAGCGACAUGUAUGCGCAGGAGGCACGCACAGGGUUUGAUUGGUUUAAAAAUGUGGGACCCACAUGAUUUGAUUGGUUGGUGUUUUCCCAGUUUUACUCUUGUUGUAGAUAGCGGCUAUGGUUCACUUUUUUUUAAAGUUGCCAUUGGAACAUAAAUCUCAUUUUAAACAGAAUAACAAAAAGUGUAUCGAAAUCAGAUUACCAACCCUAACUUUAAGGCACUAUACUUUUAAACCAACUGGUUACGUCUAUUUCUUUGAAUUCCUUUGACCUCCAGUUCAGGCAAAAGUCCUUAUCGAUACCCAGCCCAACACCCUGCUGCAUCGCCCCUUUAACAGAAAUGCAUGAAAACACCCAAAUAGUCAAAGUGUCAUUCAGUGGUACCUGCACUGUAAAUGUUCAAGUCCUGUAGUUCCCUGUAAUGUGUAAAUUCUGUAUAAAACGUCUGUCUGUAUUUAUUAAUUGUGGUUUAUUUGUACUACAUGUGUUCUGUGUGUAUGUGCUCAGCCUUUUGUAAACCUCUAGAGAUCCUGUACAAAGAUGUUUUAUAACUAAAGAUAAAUUCCUGUCGAUAUGUGCACAGCUCUGUUUUUAUUCCUCAUUAUUUGAUGUUUUUUUCUCUCUCUCUCUCUCUUUCUCUCUCCGUGUCCUCAUCAGCAUUUUAUUUCAGCGCCCAGCAGUGACCUUUGUCUGCUGUGAGGGUUUUUAAUGAUUGUGUAUCCGAGGCUGUAUUCCUGCGGGUAGACGCAAAGCCAUGAGAAAACAAAGAUCUGCUCUCUAAUUCUACCUCCAUUACUCUGGAGUUGGUGCGCAAACAAAAGGUUUGAAGAGGGCUCCAGGGAUACAGUGUGUUUAAUAAGGAUGUGUGUGUGUCCUUCUGCUUAAACACAAACACACACUGUUGGCUAGAAACUCUCAGGGAUAAACAAUGGUUGUCUCCGGCUUUAUUUCUCAUCUGCACACAUUAUUUUUUUUUAACUCAGUGUGUGUUUAGCAGGUUCAUGGAGGGAUGUUUAUACUUAUCACACAUUUUUACACACCAUUAAAAAGAGCUGGAACUCAGUUAUUUACAUACAUGUUAUAUGUUGGGUGGUUCCCUGCCUUUCUUUGAGCCUGAGGCGGGAGGAGCACACUUUCAUAUAUGUACAUGCCGGUGCAGGGAGAGCUUCGCAAAGAGCUCAAGGUGCAAAACAACCAAGGCAUCAUAAUUCAUAAAAAAUAGGAGCAGGAACUUUUUCUUUUAAGACCAUUAGAGCAGACACUCGCCUUUUUAAGAGGAACUGCCUUGAACAUAUCGAUUUUUUAACCUUUGAAUUUCUUACAAACACAUCCCUGUUUGGCUGAAGUGAAGUUUUAUCACUAAUGGCUCUCUAUAGCAAACAAACACCAGUUGUCGUACCUCUUGUGGCUGCUUCAGAUUGUUCGUGCCUGUAAUUUUCUGCUACGGACUCCAGAGAGGCUGCAGAUCCUGCCGGGCUGUUUUCAUAUAUUGCACCACAUCCCAUGCAUGGUGUGAUCGUUCAGAAGCGCCCCCUCUCCGAACUCGAAAACUGGCCGAUGUCGAGAUGGAAAAACAGAAUUGGAUGUUUGAUGUGUUUAGCAUCAAAGGCGAUACAUUUCCUCCUUGAAAUAGACCGUGAGAAAUGUGCAUUUUAAAGGAACGGGAACGAGACAGAGACCUGCUGUGUCGGUCGGGGUCAGUGUGCAGCAGAGUGGGGAAUGUUUUAUGUCUACAUAUCAUCAGGAAUGCAUCUAUUGUUUUUGAUCCUACUCUGUUUUCAUCUCUAAUGCAUGCUGGGAUCAUGUUUGUGGACAAUAGAACAAUAUUCAGAAGGAGCUCCAGCUCUUGUCCUGUUUGGAUGAGUAUCCCUGUUCACGCAGGCAUGGUAACGAUGGCGCUUUCUUCUCUUGCCUGCCUUAUUUAACUAAUCUAAGAACAGCUUUAAUAAUUAGUUUUAGGCUUUUCUUGAAUGACAUGAAUUACAGCAGUAUUCUUCAGAUUAAUAUUAAGAAUAUGCGUACAUUUAAGUUCUGCAGUAUGGUCGUAUUUCACACUUAGUAGUCACAGUUUACUCUCCAAGAAAAGCCUUUUUAGAAGUUUGGCAAGAAGUAGAAGAACAAAACCCUCGAGUUUCUACUGUUGAACAAUUGGCAGAACUCCAAAGCAGACCUGUUUUUGAGCUGGGAACCAUUUUUCCAACAAUCUUGAUGUUCACUCUUGAGUUAAAGAGUCAAACUUUAUUCUAAAGACAAAAAAAAAAAGUCACAAAAAGGAAAUGCAGCUUCUUAAAAUCACUUAAAAAAGUUUCCACAACAUCGACUGCAGAACCCUAAAGCA